CUCCCGGCAGGCCCCGCGCAGCCCUCGGGCCGCGCGCUGGCGAUUUUGGCGCGCUGCAUUGUGGGGCGCGUAGUGCCCGGCUCCGCGCUCGUGGAGGGGGCCGGGCCCGCGGGAAGGGGGUGAAACCAGGCCUCGGGAGGCUGAGCGGUUUGCUGGGCGCCGCACGGAUUCGCGUCGCAGGGGCUCCCGUGGAGAACGUUUCCCAGCGGCACAGGCUGGCAUGACUUACCUGGAGCGGCUGAGACCCUGAGAUGUUCGGAGGGGGGUUUGUCUCGCAGACCCACACAGCCUGCGUUUCAGCCAACCUCUGUGUCCGCCCGAGACCGAGAGUAGGCCAGUAUGCCCAAGAUAACCCUGAAUGGUGUGACAGUGGAUUUCCCUUUCCAGCCAUACAAAUGCCAAGAGGAGUACAUGAGCAAGGUCUUGGAGUGUCUGCAGAAGAAAGUGAACGGCGUUCUGGAGAGCCCCACGGGCACGGGGAAGACGCUGUGUCUCCUCUGCAGCGCGCUGGCCUGGCGGGAGCAUCUCCGAGACGCUGUCUCUGCCCGAAGGAUUGCCGAGAGCGCGUCAGGGGAGCUCUUCCCUGACCGCGCCUCGGCGUCCUGGGGGAGCGCUGCCCUGGAAGGAGAUGUCCCAGCGUGCUACGCGGACGUCCCAAAGAUCAUUUACGCCUCCAGGACCCACUCGCAGCUCACUCAGGUCAUCAGUGAGCUCCGGAACACCUCCUACCGGCCCCGAGUGUGUGUGCUGGGCUCCCGGGAGCAGCUGUGUAUCCAUCCUGAGGUGAAGAAGCAGGAGAGUAACCACAUGCAGGUCCACUUGUGCCGCAAGAAGGUGGCAAGUCGCUCCUGUCACUUCUACAACAACGUGGAAGGGGCUGCCUGUUGCCGGGAGCCAUUCCAUCCCGGGUGCCUCCCGCGGUCUGGGGACUCUGGACCAGAGAGCCUGUGUUUACUUCCGCCCGUGUCCCCAGAGAAGAGCCUGGAGCCUGAGCUGGCCAGCCCCAUCCUGGAUAUCGAGGACCUGGUCAGGAGCGGGACCAGGCACAGACUGUGCCCCUACUACCUGUCUCGGAACCUGAAGCAGCAGGCCGACGUCAUCUUCAUGCCUUACAACUACCUGUUGGACGCCAAGAGCCGCCGUGCACAUGGCAUCGACCUGAAGGGGACGGUCGUGGUCUUCGACGAAGCUCACAACGUGGAGAAGAUGUGUGAGGAGGCCGCGUCCUUCGACCUGACACCCCAUGACGUGGCUUCGGGACUGGACGUGAUAGACCAGGUGCUGGAGGAGCAGACCAAGGUGGCGCAGCAGGCCGAGCUCCACCCGGAGUUCAGCGCGGACUCCGCCAGCUCAGGGCUGAACUUGGAGCUGGAGGACCUCGCGAAGCUGAAGACGAUCCUGCUUCGGCUGGAGGGGGCCAUCGACGCCGUGGAGCUGCCUGGAGGUGACAGCGGUGUCACCAAGCCUGGGAGCUACAUCUUUGAGCUGUUUGCCGAAGCCCAGAUAACGUUUCACACCAAGGGCUGCAUCCUUGACUCCCUGGACCAGAUCAUCCAACACCUGGCAGGACGUGCGGGGCUGUUCACCAACACGGCAGGGCUGCAGAAGCUGGCAGACAUCAUCCAGAUCGUGUUUAGCGUGGACCCUGCUGAAGGCGGCCCCGGUUCCAUGGUGGGGCCGGGGUGUCAGUCCUACAAGGUGCACAUCCACCCUGAUCCUGGGCACCGGAGGACAGCUCAGCGGUCAGAUGCCUGGAACGCCACGGCGGCCAGAAAGCAAGGGAAGGUGCUGAGCUACUGGUGCUUCAGCCCUGGCCACAGCAUGCGUGAGCUGGUCCGCCAGGGCGUCCGUACCCUCAUCCUCACCAGCGGCACACUGGCCCCCGUGUCCUCCUUCACCCUGGAGAUGCAGAUCCCUUUCCCAGUCUGCCUGGAGAACCCACACGUCAUCGACAAGCACCAGAUCUGGGUGGGGAUUGUCCCCAAGGGCCCCGACGGAACCCAGCUGAGCUCCGCCUUUGACAAACGGUUCUCUGACGAGUGCUUGUCGUCCCUGGGGAAGGCGCUGGGCAACAUCGCCCGUGUGGUCCCGCACGGGCUCCUGGUCUUCUUCCCUUCCUACCCCGUCAUGGAGAAGAGCCUGGAGUUCUGGCGGGCCCGUGACUUUGCCAGGAAGCUGGAGGUCCUGAAGCCCCUGUUCGUGGAGCCGAGGACCAAAGGAGGCUUCUCGGAGGUGAUGGAGGCUUUCUACACGAGAGUCGCCGCCCCCGGGUCCAGUGGGGCCGCCUUCCUGGCUGUGUGCCGGGGGAAGGCCAGCGAGGGGCUGGACUUCGCAGACGCGAAUGGCCGUGGGGUGAUCGUCACGGGCCUCCCGUACCCGCCCCGCAUGGACCCCCGGGUUGUCCUCAAGAUGCAGUUCCUGGAUGAGAUGAAGGGCCAGAAUGGGGCCGGGGACCAGUUCCUCUCCGGGCACGACUGGUACCGGCAGCAGGCGUCCAGGGCCGUGAACCAGGCCAUCGGGCGGGUGAUCCGGCAUCGCCAUGACUACGGGGCUGUCUUCCUCUGCGACCACAGGUUCAGCUCCGCGGACGCCAGAGCCCAGCUGCCCUCCUGGGUGCGUCCCCACGUCAAGGUGUAUGACAGCUUCGGCCACGUCAUCCGAGAUGUGGCCCAGUUCUUCCGCGUCGCUCAGAGAACCAUGCCCGUGCUGGCCCCCCGAGCUGUUGCUCCGAGUCCGGGCGAAGGAGAAGGCACCGCCUCGGUGGCCGUGUCACCCGGCCCCCUCCGCACCAGGAAGGCCACGAGUCUGGAUGUGCACGUCCCUAGCCUGAGGCGCAGACGCACGGGCCUGCCGGUCACCGCGGAUGCCGAGGGCAGCGUUUGUGUGGGGUACGAGCAGGAGCCCGUCCGGGCCCAGCGGAGGCCCGUGGGGCUGCUGGCCGCCCUGGAGCACAGCGAGCAGCUGGCCGAGCGGCCUGGGGAUGAGGCCCUCCCCGCGGAGGAGGAGGCCCCCCGCCACUCCGCCCGGUGGGGCCCUCGUGAGAAGAGGUCAGCGGAGGAGCAGCCUGGCAGGCGGAGGAAGGUCCGGCUGGUCGGCGGCCCGGUAUGUGGGCGGCCCGCAGACGGCGGAAGUUCGGAGGGGCCGGAAGCCGGCGCGGACACAGGCGGGGCCAAGCUGUUCAUGGCGGCCGUGAAGCAGGCGCUGAGCCAGGCCAGCUUCGACACCUUUACCCAGGCCCUGCGGGAUUAUAAGAGCUCCGAUGACCUCGCGGCCCUGGCCGCUCACCUUGGCCCCCUCUUUGCCGAGGACCCCAAGAAGCACAGCCUGCUCCAAGGCUUCUAUCAGUUCGUGCGGCCCCAUCACAAGCAGCAGUUUGAGGAGGUCUGCCGCCAACUGACAGGCCGAGGCUGCAGCUCCCGGCCCGAGCAUGGCCUUCCCCGGAGGCAGGGAGCGCAACUGGCCCUGGACCCCAGCGAAAGGAGGGAGCCUGACCCCAAGUGGACCGUGUCCCAGGGUGCAGCCAGGCAGCUGGCCCCCAGCGAACACCUGAACCAGGGCCGGCCCCACCUGGCCUCCGGGCUGCUCCCUGCAGGAGACCCCAGCCACCGGCCUCCUGAGGGGUCUGGAGCCCCCGGAGCAAAGAAGCACCCGCCCGCUGUGAGUGCCUACCUGGCCGAUGCCCGCAGGGCCCUGGGGGCCACAGGCUACAGCCGGCUCCUGGCGGCGCUGACCGCUUACAAGCAGGAUGACGACUUCGAGAAGGUGGUGGCCGUGGUGGCCUCACUCACCACCGCAAAGCCUGAGGACUUGCCCCUGCUGCAGAGGUUCGGCAUGUUCGUGCGCCCGCACCACAAGCAGCGCUUCCGGCAGAUGUGCGCGGGCCUGGGCACCCAGGCUCCAGGACCCCGGGAGGGGAGCGCUGCUGCGCCUUCUGACCUCGUCUGUGGGGCUCGCGGGCCAGGCCCCUCACUGCCAGAGAAACCCCCCGGGAAGACCCAGAGCAAGAUCUCCUCCUUCCUUACGCAGAGGCCGGCCCGGGGGGCGGGGGCUCCCGGCCGGCCCCCCGGUGCCCCCUGCGGGCAGGCACAGUCCGAGUGGGUGGGCUUGGUGUGUCCUGGCUGCAGGGCGGAGGACGUGGUCCCCUUCCAGUGCCCCUCCUGCGACUUCCACUGCUGCCGGGCCUGUUGGCGACAGCACCUCCAGGUCUCUAGGACGUGCCCGGCCUGCCGUGCUGCCACCAGAAAGCAGAGCCUCACUCAGGUCUUCUGGCCGGAGCCCCAGUGAACAUUGAGACCCUCUGGGCGCUGCAGGGUCUGCGGAGGCUGAGGCCGCCUCUGCCCGGGGCGCAGCCUGGACACUUGCCUUGUCGGCUGGCGGUGGGCCAGGCCUGAUACCAGCAACCCCCUGGCCAAGAGCGCACCUGAUGGGGAGGCCAGUCCAGUGUCUGUGGGGAAGCCCCUGAGACGGCAGCAGGAUCUGGGCCCCCUGUGAGAGGCCCUGAGGCCGCCUUGGGGUCUGGGGUGGGUCCACUGGAAGGUGCUUCCCCAGAACUUCCCUGACCACCAGCUUGUGGGUGGAGCCCCAGCAGAAGGGAGGGGAGCCCUGCACCUUCUGUCCCGGGGACCUUCCGGGGACCUGCUUGUUCCUCAGGGGCCAGGGUUCUAAUAAAGCUGCCGGCACUGCUGGGGAGCCGUCUGUGUGGCCCGGCC